AUGGUGCACUUGAUCAAACAAAUUCAAAUGGAUUUAGAUAAAAGUAAGUUAAAUUCAUUUUACAUCUGCUCCAGGAAGCGUGGAAUGCUGGAAAAUGGACUCCUGUUGAGGUACGUGGCUACCACAAUCAUGGUUAAUUACGUAACAUGGUUUGGGUGAAAGUGCCAGAUCGUUUCUCGUAGUAUUUGUUUUGUUUAAGCAGUAGCAUACAAACAAAAGUCUGUAAUGAAAACUUUGAAAGUGAAUAUAAAAUUUCUGCACAGGCUAUCUCGAGGCAAGAUUUCCGUACAGCUCCAUAUUUCAUCAUGCAUACGGUUUUUGGACAAAGAAAACAAUGUCGUAAAGAUUAGGUUGCCUUUGGGACUACAGCUUUGUUGUAUGGGGUUAAACGGAAAUCUUUUCGGGCUCAAAUCAAUGCUUCUGUUGCGGGAAGGGCAUGGAUAUUUUCUGGAACAAUGCAGUUUCAGUUGCACCCAUGUGUUUUAAGUGUUGUUAAGGGGGCCCAAGGGGAGUAUGUGUCAUCUUCAUGGUCCAAAUGGUGAUAAAUUGUUAACAUAAAACAACCUAGCAUGGAUUUGAAUGUGAGUAAGAUGGCCAGAGCAGUUUACCCCUCCUCCUGUCCCCUACUGAGAGGUCUUACACUUCCAAAGAAAUAUAUCUGAAUUUGAUUUUUAAUUGGCAGCACAUUUGCAGAUAAGCAUUUAGAUGGUCUGAAUGAUAACCAGCUGGAUCAGUAUGACAAGCUGAUAAAUGAACCUAGCAAUGACUGGGAGAUAUACUACUGGAUGACAGACAAGAAACCUACACCUACAGAGUAUGAUAAUCCAGUUAUGGAAUUGCUUAAGAUCCAUGCAAAAAAUGAAAAUAUGGAAGAACGUAUCAGACAACCAGAUCUUCAAGCAAAGUAA